AUGCUCUCCCCGACUUUAGCGCGGAUGACCGGGCAGGUUCACAUAACCGGAUAUCCCAUGCCAAAGAACUUGGCCGAAAGCAAGCUGCUACUGAACGCCCUCCAGAAAUUCGGAGAAGUAUUAACAUACCGCAACCUAAAGUAUGACACUACCAACACCUCACCAAACACCAACCGCCCCAUCGUCGCGAUCUUUGAGACAGCCGACGCAGCAGACCGCGCGAUUGCAGCUUCGCCCAUAACCAUUCCCCUACCGACAUCCUCCUUCACCACCUCUAAAUCUCACCCUCCAAACUCUAUUCCCAUCACAUCAACUACCCCGACAUCUUCAAAUGCUCCCCGCUCGCUGGUCCUCGAAAUCCAACACUCGCGCCACAACCAUGCCUCCGCCCUCAAACGAAGCCCUUUCUACACCACCUACAAUCUUUUCAAAAACAACCCCGUCUACGAAGAUCUGAUCAGCGAAGAGACGGGUAUCCCACUCAAAGAACUGGCCGAUACACUCUCGAGCAAGAAAUAUCCUAUUGGCGCUGGCGUCAAAUCUAAUAUCCAAGAGGAAAAUCGGCGCAUGGGCGCGACGAGUUUGGUGGAUAUGUGGAAGGAGGGGAUGGGGAUUAAGAUUGAGAAUGAAGGGCAGGAUUCUAGUGAGAAUGGACCUGGGAUUGGAAAUGUCGGUGGUAUUAGGGAGCCUGGGGAGAGAUUGGAGGACGAGAAGCGGAGUUCGGUGGUCUGA